AUGGUCAAGACACUGCCCUUCGCUGACAUCCAAGUGCCCAUCCCCGGCUUUGGCGCCAUGGGAUUAAGCCAUGGCCUCGGCAGCAACCUCACACUCGAACAAGCCGAACCCGUUCUCUUGAAGGCCAUCGAGUUGGGCUGUACGUUCUGGGAUACUGCCGUCGUCUACCAAGCCGGUGUGAACGAGAAACUCCUCGGAGACUUUAUCCGAAAGCACAAUGUCCGCGACAAGGUCUUCGUCGCCUCAGAAUGUGGCUUGAAUGCGUUUGGCGACGGCUCCGUGACCAACUCUGCAGAGCACAUCAAGACAUAUAUUGAGGGAACUAUCGAGCGCCUCGGUUUCACUCCGGAUCUUUACUAUCUCCACCGCAUUGAAACUAAAACACCCCUCGAAGAAUCCAUCCCCACACUCGACGAGAUCCGCCGCGCCGGAAAGACAAAGUACAUCGGUGUAUCCGAGUGUUCUGCGGCGACUCUCCGUAAAGCCAACUCCAUCGCCAAGAUCGACGCCGUGCAGGCCGAAUACUCAGCCUUCGAGACGCUCCACGAAACAGAUGGCCUGAUCGACACCUGCAGGGAGCUAGGCAUCGCUUACGUUGCCUACAGUCCACUAGGACAUGGUUGGCUGGUCGAUGAUUUUGCCUACAAGACUCCCGAGGACUUUGCCCCGGACGAUUUCCACCGCAAGAGCCCGAAAUUCCAAGGGGAGAACUUCUUCAAGAACCGCGCCAUCGUGCAAGGGAUCAAGAAACUGGCGACGAAGAAGGGCUGCACGAUCAGUCAGAUUGCGCUUGCGUGGGUCGCUGCACAGGGCUUCAUUGCCAUCCCCGGUACGACGAAGAAGCACCGGUUGGAGGAGAAUUUGGCGUCACGGGAGAACGAGUUAACAGAGGAGGAAAAGCGCGAGAUGCGCCGGAUUAUCGAUGCAGCUAAGCCGGUUGGGAACAGAUAUGGGGCUGCGCAUGAAGCGUUGGUGGGACAUUGGAGUACGGGACCUGGCCUCAGAUGGAGCCAUAGCAUUGAUAUUGAUAUGGCACAGCACUAG